AUGUCUGAUCGUCAGUCUAGGCUGAAAGCCAUUGAGUCAUCUGUUAGGAUAGUACCAGAUUUUCCAAAAGAAGGCAUUCUUUUCUGGGACUUUUUCGGUGUUUUCAAAGAUCCUGUCCUAACUCAAUAUCUAUUGGAUGAAUUAUAUUAUGAGGCUACAUCCUUGGUAGGGCGGAAGGCUAACAAGAUAGACGCUAUUGUGGGCCUGGAGGCUCGCGGAUUUCUUCUUGGACCAGCUCUUGCUCUUCGUCUGCAGUGCUCAUUCGUCCCUAUUCGAAAAGAGGGAAAACUUCCUGGUCCCUGUUUUACUCAUCAGUAUACGCUGGAGUAUGGAAGUGUAAGUUUGUGUUAA